GGGGGCGGAUCCAACGGAUCGCAGUGAUCUCACCGCUCCAGCGACCGCGCCGUGCAGCUGGACGGAGUCGCAACUUUGAAGCAAACUUUCAACUCCCACCCGAGGAGAUAGCGGGGAUUUGGGGCGCGUGUGGCGGCGGACGAUUCCGGGAGAGCACGCUGCGGCUCCUGCGGGGCUCCUCCUGCUCGGAAACGAAACGACGGGGGAAACGCUGCUUAGUAUUUUGAUCAUGCCAGGCAGCGGUUGAAGAAGAGGGGAGUGGGGAAAGAAGUGUGGAAUAAGAUGAGGCAUCAUCAUUUUAAAGGACCACCAUGCAGGCAUGAAACCUAGUGGCUUUUGGGUAUGGAACCAAAGGAUUAAGACGAUUUUGCUGCUCUCAGCUGGAUGAAAGCCUGCAGUCUCUCCUUCUUCUGCAAAAAUGUGCCAUACUUGAGAUGCUCGCCUGGUGAGGAGUCACCAUGACGAGCCUUAAGCAUCCACCUUCUGAUCGGCCUGCUGUGGGGACGGUCAGUGCCUCUGAAGACUUUUACACUCGCACCUUACGCCUGACCAAUGGAGGGGCACUUGGGGUACGGCCAGAGAACCCUUAUCAAACAGGGGGCAUGCUUGGUGUACCAAAAAUGGGAGUCCGAGCUCGGGUCGCUGAUUGGCCUCCUAGAAAAGAUGGAGGAAAUUUGCGGCAUGGUAGUUCAGACACUGAGACUACAAGCUACGUGGGAGGCAGCUCAGGUGGUCACCCCAAACUUGGGCCUUUGAGUCCCGAAGACUCUUCUAUGCUUCACAACAUCCACAGGACUCUCCAGAGCAAGUUGCACCCAAACAAUUCUGGCAAUUCCACAGAAGCACACUUGCUCACAGUUAGUGACCACAGGGGUACUUCGCAACGCACUAGACGCAUCCGACAGCGUAGCAACAGUGACAUGACCUUAAGCGAGCUUGAUGGUAGUGGGGACAGUGGGGAAGAAUGGGGCUCUGUGGGAACCAAGUGGUCCCCGCUGCACCGGGAGUAUGGCAGCACCUCCUCCAUUGAUCAACAUGGAGUCUCCUCCUCUGCAGUCUCAGGGAACAGUUUCUUUGAGAUGCUGAUGAGCUAUCAAGGGGAGAAGCAAGACCAGCGUAGUCCAGCACCUGAAAGACUGGCAGAGCUGCUAACAGUUGAUCAUAAGCAGGAACUAGACUCAGGAGAGGACAUGAAAGAUGGGACACCUACUAGUCGGCUGAGGGAAAAACACCCAAAGAGACGGUCCAAAUCGGAGACGGGGGGCGAGUCCAUUUUCAGGAAGCUUCGCAGUGUGAGGUCAGAUGUGGAUUCUCCAAAAGUAGGUUCUGAUGUGGAGGAUGGACGUCUCGAAGACUCCAAGCCCCCUUUAAAGCCCUGGAUGUGCCAGAAAGGCUUUGCUCACUAUGAUGUGCAGAGCAUGCUGUUCAAUCUAAAUGAGGUGAUCCAGAACAGACAGAACUCUGCAGCUUCUCGCAAAAACACUACUUCUGGUGCCUCUGCUGCUUCAGCCUUUUCUGCCUCAGCAACCUCCACCCUAUCUUCAACCCACAGCCUACCCUACAGUUCCCCUGGUGGCAGCCAGGAAGAAUUGAACACUCGAGACAGCCCGUCUUUGGAUACAGUUGAUGAUGAGGGCAAUGGACUAGUGCUGAAUUGUCCUUGUUUCCGUACUGAAACUGGGGGCGACAUUAGACACAAGUUUGGACUCUUUUUACUAAGUGAGGUGAGUAUUGGGAACUCUAGGGUACAUGGAGGCGAAGAACCUACACUGAGCCUACACUGCAACAGUGCAGGAGUUGCUGUUGUCGAAGGUCCCAAAGAUGCAUCCAGCCUACUCAAUGACAGGGACAAGCAGUAUGUAGUUGAACAUGUGGAUCUUGGGGCGUAUUACUAUAGGAAGUUCUUCUACCUUAGAGAGCACUGGAACUAUUUUGGCUUAGAUGAAGCAUUGGGCCCUGUGGCAGUAAGCAUAAGGAGAGAGAAGCUAGAGGACGACAAGGAGCAUGGCCAGCAGUAUAACUACCGCAUUAUCUUCAGAACCAGUGAGCUCACCACCUUGCGUGGCUCUAUACUCGAGGACGCAGUGCCUUCCAGUGCUAAGCAUGGUACCACUCGAGGACUACCCCUUAAAGAGGUGCUGGAGUACCUUCUGCCAGAGCUGGACAUUUCCUGCCUGCGUCUUGCCCUCAAUAUUCCCAAAGUCACAGAGCAACUGAUGAAACUGGAUGAACAGGGGCUCAGCUUCCAGGUCAAGGUGGGAAUAAUGUACUGCCGUGCGGGCCAGAGUACGGAGGAGGAGAUGUACAACAAUGAAACAGCCGGUCCUGCUUUUGAGGAGUUCUUACAGCUGUUGGGAGAGAAAGUACGAUUAAAAGGAUUCGCCAAGUAUCGUGCCCAGCUGGACACCAAGACGGAUUCCACUGGAACGCACUCCCUGUACACAGCAUACAGGGACUAUGAGAUCAUGUUUCACGUGUCGACCAUGCUGCCCUACACUCCAAACAACAAACAGCAGUUGCUGAGGAAAAGACAUAUUGGGAAUGAUAUCGUCACCAUCGUCUUCCAGGAGCCGGGAGCUCAUCCCUUCACACCCAGGAACAUCCGCUCACAUUUCCAGCAUGUCUUCAUCAUCGUCCGUGUCCAUAAUCCGUGCUCUGACAGCACCUGUUACAGUGUGGCAGUCAGUCGCUCAAGUGAUGUGCCCUCUUUUGGUCCUCCCAUCCCUAAAGACGUGACCUUACCCAAAUCUACCGUCUUCAGAGAUUUCCUCCUGACGAAGGUCAUUAACGCUGAGAACGCAGCUCACAAAUCGGACAAAUUUGGUGCCAUGGCAACCCGGACACGCCAGGAGUACUUGCGGGACCUGGCAGAGCGCCAUGUCACCAGCACCCCAGUUGAGUCUUCUGGAAAGUUCCCCUUCAUCUCUCUGGCACACAAGCGGAAGGAGAGGAGUCGGCCCUAUGGGGGGGCGGAGCUCCGCAGUCUGGGUGCAAUCACGUGGGCAGUGCAUGUGGAGGACCAGAUCGCAGGAGCUGAGAGGGAGGGCCUUCUGGCCAUCUCCAAUGAGUUUGUCAUCAUACUGGACCAGGAAGCCAAAGCUCUUGUGUUCAACUGCUCUGUGAGGGACGUGAUUGGCUGGUCACUGGGUAGCCCCGCCUCAAUGAAGAUUUAUUAUGAACGCGGCGAAAGUGUCUCGCUGCGAUCCAUCAACAACAACACGGAGGAUUUCAGCGAGGUGGUCAAACGCCUGGAGCUGGUGACCAAAGGCAGUCAGACUAAAGAGAUGACCCUAAGGAGGAACGCUCUGGGCCAGCUUGGCUUCCAUGUGAACUUUGAGGGCAUUGUGGCUGAGGUGGAGCCAUACGGCUAUGCUUGGCAGGCAGGCCUGAGGCAAGGCAGCCGAUUGGUGGAGAUUUGCAAGGUGGCUGUGGCAACACUUUCACAUGAGCAGAUGAUUGACCUCCUGCGCACUUCUGUCACAGUUCGAGUGGUCAUCAUUCCUCCACAUGAGGACUCCACGCCACGCAGAGGAUGUUCAGAGAUAUACCACAUGCCGCUGGUGGACUACAAAAACCACAAGGAGGGGAUGCCUUACGAGUAUAAGUUCCCCUUUCGCAACAACAACAGCAAGUGGCCUCGGCCCAGCGCGGCUCCCCAGACUGCAGCUUCCUCUUCCCAGAACCGUAAUGUAAACCUGGGGACGACCCUCAGCAAAGCCCAGCCUUCAGACUACGCAAACAGGGGUUCACUCAUUCCACGCAGCGUGUCCAGCGAUGGACGUCCAUUGAACCCUAAAAGGUACUCUCCAGGUUCUGAUAAUUAUGCUCUGGCUUGUUCCAUCGUGAUGGGCCGAUCCCCCCACACUCGCAACUCCCCCAACAACCAGUCAUACUCCAGCGACACCAGCUCUGGCCACUGGCGUCAGAAGUCUGUACCAGAUGGGUUUAAUGCCAACCGCAACUCCCCACUAGUUGCUGAGCGUCAGAAUCUGAAAGAUGGUAUAAGGGUCCCUCCAAGCUGGGCCAGAGUGGUGGAGGGAGAAGGAUCCAGUAGGAACUCUGAUAGGACAUUAGACCCACCUCCGACAAAAGCAAAGCCAGUUUUGACGCACAUUGAUCAACACCAUAAAGACCACAACGCAGCUCUGUACCCCAACAGCUCUAAGAAUGAUGUUUCGUCCACCGGCCAAUCCAGCAGCAACACACUCUCUAGCAAUGCCUCAAGCUCCGGCCACAGUGAGGAGAAGUGGUAUGAUGUUGGUGGGAGGCCUGUCGCUCAGCCAGAGUUAGACCUGAAUGGGUUUGCGGUGGGUUACCUGCAAGGGGCUUCCAGUGACAGUGGCAUUGAUGCCUCGCCCUACGGACCCACAGUCAGGAGCUUGGACUCUGCCCCGAUCAGCAUCAUCUCCAAGCCCAAAGAGAAGGCCUCCGCUCACUGGGUUGAAAUCACUGAUCGGGCAGCUCCAGAGAUUGAAACCUCAGAGUCUCCUGGUCCCACAGACAUCACUGAAAACCAGUCUAAAAGCCCCCUGGGUCCAGACAUCAGUUCCCAGACACUCAGUGAUGUAGCCUCCCACUCCAGCACUCUGAGUUCAGCUCACUCGGGAAGUCCACUGAGCUCCACCCAGGAGGAGUCAGCCCCCUCUGCCUCGUCACCCACCCAUGCCUCUCUCUCUCCUGGUCCUAAGAGCUUCUACCCUCGCCAAGGAGCCACCAGCAAGUAUCUCAUUGGCUGGAAGAAACCUGGGAGCACAAUCAAUUCUGUCGAUUUUGGGAACAGUCGCAAGCGGCAUCAAAGUGAUGGGCAUUUGGGUGGGCAGCCCCAGCUGCGGGCCACAAUGAGGGUGACCCAGUCCCCUCAGCACGCUCCUAAAUCCACCGUAGAGGAAGACCUAAAGAAACUCAUCACUUUAGACAGCCCUCCACCCACCUGCAGCAAAGCUAAGCCUUUGUUCUCAGCGUCCACACCGUAUCCCCGCUCCCUGCAGCGCACCUUCUCUGACGAGAGCAUCUUCAGUGUCCAGAGGGAGCCCGUGUCUGGCAUACAGAGUGACAGCUUGUUCGGCCGCUCGACCAUGCCGCGCUCGCCCACCUCACGCAGCGCCCCACUGCGGCAAAACUCCUACACGCAGGGAGCAAAGUCUCUGGGAGACCUUACAUCCACAGACAGCAGUGUUUUUGAGCAAGAGCCACGCAGACAGCCCCUGCAGGAACCCCCUCUCAUCCCCCUUCCAGACGCCAGUGCAGACAGUGGCCUCGACUGGUCUGACCUGGUGGAUGCAGCGAAGGCCUUUGAAGUUCAGAGAGCAACAUUCCUGGCGGCCAAAGAUGCCAGGUCAGAAGCGCUCACCUCAAGCUCCCAAAAGGCUGAGCUGCAGACUGCUCCACAGCAGCACGUCUCACCCAGUGAUGGUCCUGCCUGCCUGAUUGGGAAGGUCACUCAGCUGGAGUCGAUGGUGAAACUGCUGCAGGAGGACCUCAAAAAGGAGAAAGAUGCUAAGGCCUCCUUGCAGGUCCAGAUUCAGAGCCUGAGGGCGGACAAUCAGCGCCUGCAGGAGGAAUCUCAUAAUGCUUCAGCUAAACUCAAGAAAUUCACAGAGUGGGUUUUCAACACCAUCGACAUGAACUGACUAAAUACCCACAACACAGUAUGAUUUUAAAAAUGAGCAAACUCAAUCACAGGGGAGUAGGGAAUCACAGAAUUUCGGCAAUUCAAUAGGACUGAAAACAGUAGUUACUUGAAAUGUUCUGAGUCAUGACAAGAGACCUGCAUGUCCUCCUUGCCUCCUGAAAUCCGGUCGAUAUCUGUGCAUGCCUCUGUGUUCUAGUUGCCCAAGGACUUUGGGCCCUGUUUUCCAUGGUGCCCUAUCUGACCAGACAAAACAAUAUUGUUCCAGUUUAUCUCAAGAAUUGCUGUUGUCACUUUUUGGUAUUCAUUACAUCGUCCAGCAUCACAAUUUUUCACUCCUCUUCAGGGGCCACAUUUAUCAAAAUAGGCAUAAAACAUACGGCCACCAGAACAACAGAGACGAGAUGCCAUUUCACCCAGCGGUUAAUUUCAGUAAUUAAGAGUAGUUCUAAAUGUACACAUGUUGACACACACAAGAAAACAAUUUUCUUAGAUUAUAUGCGUAAAAACUUGUGUAUGCACAGUUUACACAGGUUUGACAAAUUAGACCACUGAAUCUAUUCAUUGAUGAGUCCUUACACACUAUUAAUUUGAUGGCCUUGAUGCAAAACUCUUUGGUCUCUAAAAGUUGACCGAGUGGCAUAAUAUCAUAAGGAAAUCAUGGAGUGUCUUUUGAGGCAAACAUGCUUCGAGGCCUGUCACGAUCCUGAAAUUUUAGCUGACAAAUAUAAUUACUAUUUUAUAGGCCUCAUUCGCCAAUAUCUUCCUACGUUUUUUCCUAAUUUUGUUCUUGGGAAAGGUCCCAAGAAAAGGUCUGUCAGAUUCAUGACGUGUUCCUAAAGCACAGAACUGUUUGCUCCUUUGUGCUCUUGAGUGUGUGAAGAUUCUGUUCUUACCUAAGAACAAAUCCCAAAUAAGACAACAUUGGUGAAUGUCAGAAUCUUUGUGAAAACGUGAAAUGUGGGUUUUAAGAAGAUUUUUUUUUUUUGAGAAUGGUUGGUGAAUGAGGCCUAAUAUUUGGAUCUUUGUACAAACUAUCAAAGUAGUGAGGUGGGGUAAUUGGCUGCUUAGCUAUCUUGCUUCCUACCUGUCAGAACGUAGUAGCUCCCAGUUGUUGACAGACAGAGAUCAAACAUUCCUCAGCGCUGUUGUCUAAAGGUGUUCUGAACAAACAUCAAAUAGACAAAUAUUGCUCCCUGCUGCCCUCUAAAGAUGCUACAGCACCAGUACAAAUUUUUGGGGCUCUGAAGUGGCAUAACUGUCUAAGUGUUGGCCUUAUUGUUGGAACAUCCCAGGCAAUGCUACAGCCAUCUGUGGCUGAGAGUCCAAGAGAGCAUAAUUGGCUUCACUCAUGGCCCUCCCUUUCUCCAGUCACUUGGCACAGUGAUGUCCAACUUAAGCUUCUCUUAGCUAACAUAGCAGAAUUGGUAAAUGGUGUUCUUCAACAAGUGUGUUAAGCUUUCCAGUGAUGUUGGAUUAGCUACACUUUGAAAAGAUACAGUAGUGUCAUGGAGGAGGUAUUUCAGCUGCUACCUAGGUCUCCUGUAGUCACCCUCUCAGCUUGGUGGCAUUGUGUGAUAGGGGGAGAUCUAGGUAGAUUUUGGCAAAGACUAAACUGGGGAGGUAGUUAACUUCUGUUGGAAGACUCAUGACGCAUCUUGCGUGUGCUUUCUGUAUUUGUCUCAACCCAACAGGAGCACAUCAAAUACACAUUAUAUUUGUUUGACCAAACAUAUAAUUUUAAAACAGCUGUGGAAACUAAUUGCAGUCAGCACAAGUAUCAAGCGGUUAUCUAAAAAUUGUAACAGACCUACAUGAAUUCAUUACCAGUGAGAACAGUUCAGGGUACUUUUUUCUAGGUUCAGUAAAUUGUAGCUAUAUAAAAAGGGUCUUUGUUUACCAACUAUAUUAAAAAUAACCUGAGGGCUGAGGGCACCAGUUGUUUGGGACUUAAAUUCAUGCCAAUAGAAGUCAUUGUGGAUCACAUCCUGUUAAUCUAUUUUAGGCAGUUACCAGAAAUUUAGAUUCAGACAAGGAACUAUGUAUGAACAUUCAUGUGACUACUUGUUAUGUAGUCAGCCAUUGGCUGCUUUGCUGACUGUUGUGUUGGCUUAUUAAUGGUUGAGAAAGGGAACUGUCUUACUUUUAAGUCCUAUUGGAGAAAAUAUUGAAAGGGUUAAGGGACAAAGUCCCUCUUUCUUCAUCUGCAAACGAUUACACUCUUUCAGAUGUUCUCUGUCUAAGUCAAUUCUGAUGGCAGUGAAGAUUUGAUGUCUAAGAAAGUUUACUUGUUUUGUGUAUUUGUGUUGGGAAGAAAACAAGGACAUUCUGAACAUUGAGGUACCUGUGCUCAGUGAAACUCCGUAAUGCUCCAGAGUCCACUGGUUAUUUGAGUUGACCACUCUGAAAUAUUUACGAUUAAACAUUUGAUCAGUAACCUUAUGUGUAAGAUGACCUUCUGUAUAUUAUUUGCGGUAUUUGAUGUAAAAUAAAAUGUUACUGACAAUGAAAAAAAGAAAAGAAAAACUUUGGUGCCAUACGGUGAAUAUUUAUAUCGAACUGUGUAUAACUACAAAUAAAUAAACGGCAUCCCUUGUACAUUUGCCAUACAAAAAGAAAACCUAUUUUGAAAAGUUUUAUUUAUUGGUUACAGUCAUUUUCAAAUGUAUUAAACCAUCAUAAGGUGUACGGACAGUGGAGAUGCAGCAGAGCUCUAUAAGUAAUAUUGAACUGGAAGGUUUUAUUUUGUUCAUUGUUUGUUUUUGUAUUUUGUUGAUUUGUGGAUGUGCACAGCAUUUCCUUCUGUUAAAGAUGCCACAUGAACUGGACUAUGAGAACUACAAUCAUUCAUAACUGGAUUUUUGUAUUACUAUACCCAAAAAAUGUCUCACAUCUUUUGCUUCAUUUUAUUGUAGCCAGGUUGCAACUCUCCAAAACGCCAAGAAGAUUUUCGUGGAAGUUAACUCCUUUGUUAUCGUGCUUGAAAGGAGAUAUGGUUUACGUUUCUUUUAAAGUGGUCUUUUUUUAUUUUAAUAGUUGCUCUCCUAAUAGAGCUUAUUUUCUGUUGUCUGGAAUCUUCCGUACUCUCUACAGACAUGACUGGAUCCUCUUUCCUGUUGGAAACUUCUUCUUUGACGUGCUGUAGCAUGUUGUAAUAUUUCCCUUGACCUUUGAUGUGUAAAGACAUUUAUUCCAUUAAAAAUUAUUUUGGGCA